AUGACCAGCAACAAGCGUCUGAUGAAGGAGCUCGGGGAGAUCACCACCAAUCCUCCGCAGGGCUGCAUCAUCACACCCCCGACCGAGGACAUGUUCACAUGGGACGUGACCAUGGAUGGUCCCUCAGACUCGGUCUACGCUGGCGGCAAAUACCACAUCCAGAUCGUCCUCCCCAAAGAAUACCCAUUCAAGCCACCGGUCCUCUCAUUCAAGACCAAGAUCUACCACCCCAAUGUCUCCAACGACGAACGCGGCGCGAUGUGUCUGGGUAUGCUCAAGGCCGAGGAAUGGAAGCCACCGAACAAGAUCGCCGAGGUCCUCAAGCUGGUCCGCGCCGUGCUCGCCGCUCCGCAGCCAGACGAUGCCGUCGAGACUGGAAUCGCUGAGCAGUUCAAGAACGAUCGCAAGUCAUUUGACAAGGUCGCGAAAGAGUGGGUUGGCAAAUAUGCAAAGUAG